AUCAACAUAAUUAAUAAAAGAGAGAGGGAGAGCGAAGAGAAGCGAGCGAGAGAGAGAGAGAUGUCGAGAGUUUUGUUAGUCGUUUGUGUCUUGCUCACUAUGUCAUUCGUCCAUGCACGUGCUCGUCAAGUGCCUGGAGAGUUUGACGAGGGCAAGACGACGACACGUGAAGAUACAACAACAACGGUCGUGCAUGCAAAUGCAGCUGAUCAGUCACCACCAAAAAGCCUCGGCGACAAAAAAUGCAUCGGAAAAGUCGGAGGGAUAGGUGGAUUCGCGGGAGUUGGUGGUUACGCCGGCGUGGGAGGUCUAGGUAUGCCACUCAUUGGCGGUCUAGGCGGUAUCGGUAAAUACGGUGGCAUAGGCGGUGCAGCUGGAAUCGGUGGCUUUAAGGGUCUAGGCGGAGGUUUGGGAGGCGGUGUUGGAGGUCUUGGUGGAAUUGGUGGGGGUAUUGGUAAAGCAGGUGGUAUUGGCGGUGUUGGCGGAGCUGGAGGUGGUUUAGGCGGUCUAGGUGGAAUCGGUGGUGGUGGCAUUGGUAAGGCAGGUGGUAUUGGUGGUGUUGGUGGUAUCGGCGGUGGGCAUGGCGUGGUCGGUGGCGUUGGCGGUGGACACGGCGUGGUCGGUGGCGUUGGCGGUGGGAUCAUUCCACAUCCUUGA